CGACUCGACUCUACUUCGACUCUCCUGUCCUUCUCCUCUGCAUGAUCAGGAGUGUGUUCUCUCUCGAUCGGACUCGCUUAUCUUUCUCUUCUAGCAAGCCAUUCUGUGCUGAUCCCUUCACAUUCCAUUCCAAGCUCGCAUCCGUUCGAUCCGCCAGUCUUCUCUCCUAAGCCACCCCUGUGACGUACCGCGGUUCGUCCCACUGCAGUUAGGCACUAUAUAAACAGAAGCCCUACACUGCCCCCCCUUUCCACCCCCUAUUUCAGCGCCAACUCGCAUCUUCGGUGCUUCUGGAAUCCUUCUACAUGCUUCAGACUCUGUGAACAAACACGGCUGAGUGUGGUACAAUGGCUUCCGUCACAUCCUUGGACAAGGACCUGCGCAAUUUGCGCUUGUCCCGCUAUACCCCGCAAGCAGCCGCGGAAAUCCGCAGCUGGAUUGAAGAAGUGCUCCAUGAAAAACUCCCCGCAGGCGAUCUUCUAGAUGCCUUAAAAGAUGGAGUUGCUCUUUGCAGACUCGUCAACCUCGCCGUAUCCCCGGGCGUCAAAUACAAGCAGUCAUCCAUGCCCUUCGUGCAGAUGGAGAACAUCUCCCACUUUCUGCGCGCAUGUCAAAUGCCACCCCUCAGCCUUCCCCCGCAUGACGUCUUCCUGACCGUCGAUCUCUACGAGGCCAAGGACCCCGCCCAAGUGCUUCAAUGUCUCACCUCGUUCAGCCGACGGGCCAACGCUCUCCAGCCCAGCAAAUUCCCCUACGCCAUUGGCCCGCAGUCCAAGGGCAGCUCCCUCAGCCCGCAUGUGACGGGGUCCAGUCAGGGCGGAGCUUAUACACCCACCAAGUCGCGCGGAUUCGGAGAUAGCAGCUCGAGCCACACGAGUCCGGCGAGGUCACCGCAGUCUGUAAGCACCUGGAGCAAAAAGUCGGACGAGCAUACCACGGCCCCCGCUUGGAACAUCCACCAAUAUGGCUACAUGGGUGGAGCCAGUCAGGGAAACCAGGGUGUCGCAUUCGGUGCGCGGCGACAGAUCACCACCGCGUCCCCCCAUGUCCCCAGUCUAGCGGAGAAGGAGAAACGCCGGCGCGAAGAGGAAGAGAGAAGACGGCUGCAGGAACAGGAGGAGCAGCGCCGGCGCCAACAACAACAGGAGGCGGAUGAGGAGCAAGCCCGACUUGAAGAAAAACGCCGCUGGGAGGAAGAAACGGCACGCACGCGAGAGCAGGAGCGACUGCAGGUGGAAGAGGAACGAAGGCGCUGGGACCAGCAACAGCGCCAAUGGCAAGAAGAGGAGCACAAGCGUCAGCAGGAGGAGCGGGAGACGGAGGAACGGCUGGAGAAGGAGCGACUCCAGCGUCGCGAAGCGCAGGAUAGCCGUCUCAACGGACAGUUCCUCAGUCAGUACCAAGCGAGCAUGGCCGGGUCCGGCAAGCCCGCCGCGACGUCCGAGUCGCAGGAGCGACAGCGCAUCCGACAGAUGGAGCAUGAUCUGGAGCGGGCCAAGGAGCGCGAGCGCCAGUACGAACGCGAACGGCAGGAAGCCCGCGCAACGGCGUCGCCGUCCCCCGAAACAGCCCGGAGCCCGCGGCCCGUGCCUGUGCCUCCCAAGCCCAGCUACGACCUCUCGUCAUUAGAGCAAGAACGCAAACUCCUCCGCGGCGAGUGGCAGAAGCACCAGCAGGAUGACGCACCCACUCCAAUCGCCGAGAGUCCCUCCAGCCCCCCUCCUCCAUCCCUACCGCGCCGCCCUCUCCCCGAACCCACCGAAUCCAAACCCGCUCCUCCUCCGCGCCCCCUUCCGGACCCAGCAGCCUACGCCACCGCCAACACCACCACAAAGGCUACCCCCCCUCAAUCCCCAACCCGCAAACCCGUGCCCUCAGAAAGCCGCGUCGACCGAUUCCUGUCAUUCAACAAACCCCCGACCUCCCCUAAACCCACCACCCACCGCCCCAGCGACUUCACCACCACCGCAGAAGUCGACGCCGAGAAUAGCCGCCGCCUCGCGGCGCAGCAGAAGACCAAAGCCGGCGGCUGGGCCUCCAAGUCCCUGCUGGAGCGCGAGAUGGAGCGCGAGCGCGAACGCCAGCGCGAGUGGGAGGAGAGCCAGAAGCAGACGCAAGAAGCCGCCGCCAGGGGCCUGCGCGAUGGCUCGCUGGGCACGGGACCCGGCCAGGGCGCCUGGGACGUGCACCAGUAUGGCUACAUGGGCGGCGACAAUCAGAACCGAGGCGGUCCCGGGCUGGGUGUCGGCGGCGCGAGACGCCAGAUUAUCGGGCACAGACCCUCCCAGUGAAACUUGACCUUCCGGCCUAUCUCUUUUCUAAGAGAGCUUCAGAGACUGGACUCGUUUCUUUGCUGUUGGAGAAUUUGAUCUGGAAAUGUAGUUCGGUUCAUAGUAAUAUCGGAAUCUGGAGGUUUUUGUUUUUGAGUAAGGGGAUGGAAGAGGUUUUGUCCUGUAUACCCGUUUUGUACGAUUUUAUUUCUUUCUCGCUGUGAGCAUAGUAACUUGAAAUUCAUAUGCAGUUUUGUGUGCGCUGGCGGUUGCGGAUGGAUCCGGUUGGGAAACCCUAGCUUAGUGAACUCGGACUCGAAUGUAAAUACCAGAUCUUAGGCAAUCU